AUGAUUUUCGCGGACUAUGAUAUCAUAAAAGAAGCAUUUGGCAAAAAAGAGUUGUCCAAUCGUCUGUACUCUGAGAAGAUUCAAGUGGACAAUGAUCGCUUUUUGAAAGAUUGGGGAAUUAUUGAUACAGCCGAGUCAAUUCUUGGAAAAGAUGACAGACUAGUCAAAAACGGGGUUGGUAUUUCCGAAGGCAUCGGGGACGGAUACUACGACGCAACUCAUCGAAGAUUGCGUGUCCAUUGGCAUGACACAAUCAAACGCCUCGUCGGGAGAAACAAGAUCUCGGAAAUUAUCCAGCAUAGCUCAGCACAAGUCAAUGCUAUUCUCAAGGCAGAAGGCUCUGUUCCACAAGGAAUUGACCCAAGAGAAGUCUUUGUCAAUGGAACGAUGAAUGUAGUCACAGGGUUCUCCUUAGGAAUCCUCUAUGAUUUCGACGAUCCAGAUUUCCAAGAUCUUUCCCGCUACGUUUCUGUCUUCUUCGAAAACAUGCGUGAGAUGUACGUCUGGAAACUGCUUGUCGAUAAUCUUCCUGUAUGGAUGACACAGAGCAAGCUCCUCACUCCAUUACACAAUCUGAAUCCGAUGAAGAAAUUUGUGCCUGACUGGUGUCAAUAUAUCUUCCGACAAAUUAAAAUCCACAGGCAAAAACUUGACCCUGCCAAUCCGAAUGAUUUUCUCGAUAUACUUCUCAUCGCUGCUGAAGGAGACAGCGAACUUGGAUACUUUACUAUUGCUUCGACAAUCAUUGCACUUUAUCUUGGAGCGAGUGAUACCCUUACAAAUACAAUGCGCUGGAUGAGCUUGACGCUUGCGGACCAUCCUGAAGUGCAAGAAAAAAUCUUUGAAGAAAUUAACAGAUCAAUCGAAAAGGAUGGCGAGAUUAUCCGAGAAAAGUGUCCCUACACACGAUCCGUUUGCCUCGAAAAUAUGAGGUGGCAUCCUGUGGUCGACACUUUGCCCCACAGAGCGACAGCCGACGUCACUGUCGCUGGAGUCAAUAUUCCCAACGGAACCAUUAUGCAAGCCGCACUUACUGCUGUUAUGUAUGACCCGAAAAACUUCCCGAAUCCUGAGAAAUUUAUUGCGGAUCGCUUUGUCGUUGAUGGCGAGUUUGUCAAUGAUGUCAAGGUCUGUGGAUUCUCUCUUGGCCUAAGAAACUGUAUUGGGAAACAGCUUGCGAUCGAACAAUACUUCACUUACACUGCUAAUAUCGUUCGCGACUUCAAAAUAAUCAGAACAAGUGGAAAUAUGGAAAUUGCGAAUCACACCGCAAUUCUGAUGCCCGCCGAAAUUAACAGAGUACGAUUUGAAAAACGACGCCCUAAUUGA